AAACGCUUUGCCAUAUUUAUAUAAUGGACUUUAAUCCAUUGUUUUUGAUAUUCGGCCCAUAAACUUGACAUACUUUUCGGGGUCUGUCCACAGUUGACUGAUAAAUUCCACGUACCACAUCCAUGUGACGCUCGAAGGGGUUAUAAAUCGUUCCGCUGUUGGAAUGUUGGAAAUGCGAUAACACUACGUUUCAAGUGCUUUUCAGAUUUUCCUGCUGAAAAUAAUAGUAAUUCCCUCCCAAUUAUUGCAGGUCCCGUACUGGGGAUGCGACAUGUUCAGACGCUGCUAAUCUUCCUGAACAUCACCUGCUUGUAUAUUGGACGCCUUAAUGUGGGCGUGUCCGUGGUGGCCAUGACUAAUGCGGAGUCUACGAAUCCAAAUUUUCCAGAAUAUGAUUGGACAACCUCGCAGAAGUCCUACAUCCUGUCCAGCUUCUUUUGGGGUUAUAUCUUCACCCAGUUCCUGGGCGGAUAUCUCUGCAAGCGAUAUGGCGUGAAAAGUGUCAUGUUCUGGGGAUCCUUCUCCUCCGGCGUCUUCAGUGCGCUAACGCCUCUGUUCAUCAGUUUUGGCGGAUGGCAGGCCUACUGCGGAGUACGAGUGCUGAUGGGCUUCGCUCAGGGGCUGUUGUUUCCGUGCAUCCAUCAGCAUUUGGCCAGGUGGUCUCCUCCGAAGGAGAGGAAUCGCUUGGGGGCUCUAAGUCACACGGGCAUCGAGUGUGGCAACGUCUGUGCCAUGUUCCUGAGCGGAAUGAUCGCCAAGAGUUCCAUCGGCUGGCCAGGUAUCUCGUAUGUCUCCGCGGGAGUGGCCUUCUUCUGGUGUGCCCUCUGGUUCAUUUUCUCAGCCAACAAUGCAGUGGAGUCUCGCUUUAUAAGCGAGGCAGAGUUAAACUAUAUAGAAUCCUCGCUGCAGCAUAAUGACGACUAUCACAAGACAAUCAUACCCAUUCCGUGGAAGGCCAUUUUGACCUCCGCUCCAUUCCUGGCUCUCCUGGUGGCGCGUUGUUGCGAGUCCUGGGGCCUAAGCACAUUGCAGGCAGAGAUUCCAUCAUACAUGAAUGGUGUCCUAGACAUGGAUAUGAAGGACAAUGCCUUCUUCUCCGCUCUGCCCUUCCUAGCCAUGUGGAUAAUGUCUUAUGUUUACCUGGUCACCGCCGAUCUUUUGCUCUCUGGAAACAAACUCAGUUUGACAGCCUUGAGGAAGACCUUCAACUCGCUAGCCUUUUGGGUUCCCUGUGCCACGUUGAUUGGUAUAGGAUUCGUGGACCAGGAUCAGAAGAAUGUGGCCAUUGUCCUUAUGACCAUUAGUGUGGGCAUGAAUAGUGGUGCCACCAUAGGCACUUCCUUGAACACCAUCGACCUGUCGCCGAACCAUGCCAGCAUCCUGAUGGGCAUCGUGAAUACGGCUGCCAAUGUGGUACCCAUUGUUACUCCUUUGGUGGUUGGUUUAAUCGUCGAAGAUGAGAGUAAUCGCUCUGAGUGGCAGAUUGUGUUUAUUGUAGCCUCUGUCCUCUUCUUCCUGGGGAACUGCGUCUUUUUGGUCUUUGGAACGGCUGUGUGUCAGCCUUGGGAUGCGGAGGAUUAUCUUCUGCCAAAGCAACCAGAAUUAGGGGUAGCCCACAAAGAGGUGAUCCAAGAAGUUCCCCCUUUAGGAGACAGUGAAAAAAUUAAGGAGUCCUCUGAUUCCUUGGAUAGAUUAUAAGGGCUAAAUAAAGUAAUUUAAUUAUAAUUAUAAUAAGAAAACUCUUUCCCAGAGUAGUCUAUAGUAUAUUCAUUGUAGAAGAUUUACGAGUAAUAAAUUUAUGUGAAUUCUAUAUA